AUGGCCCAACAUUCAAUUCCACAAAAUUCCGAGUUCAUCACAUUCGCACAAUGCCGCUCUUUUCAUCCUGCAUUUCGCAGGAAUCUGUUCUUUCCUUUAGGUACACUCCUAUUAACAACCACUUAUAUCCAAGUCAUCUCCUCUCUGCUCUCCAUAACCUUCCCUUCCUUUUUCAUAACAGGAGUGUUCUCCAAAUCCCACGAGAAACAACAGCUGGACAUAACCGCGCCGUGGUCAAAGUAUGAUAUCCCGUGUUUCAAUGUUACGUCGCCAUCGCCGGGUGCGCAGUUAGAUCCUAACGAUCGGGUGUACAUCAAUUGGGAGAUUUUGCCCGAGUGUUACCAAGCGAUGUUGGGUGAUAAUGGAGGUGGUGGGAGUGAUUACGACAGUCAAGGAAAUCCGAUUACGCAAUGGAAUCCACAUCGGAAUCCGUCUAAUCCAUCCUUCAGGGAUCACAACAAGUCAAAUUUAAAAGGCGGAAAAGAAGCGUCAUUUCCAGAAUUUCAAAAUACCACGUUGACUUCAUUACCUUCUCAUCCAAUUAGCUCGAAACCACCAUCACCAUCACAAUUAAAUAAAAUGUUCCGCACAUUUACAAUCACCCUUUACAGUAAUCCAAGAUCCGUCGGUCAAAUAGUGUCACCCAAAGUGAAAUUCGACCACAACUUUGUCAUCGAUCAAUCUGCGACCAAUCCAUACCUCUGGGUGGUUCCAUAUUUGACCGACAAGAAAAUCGAGAACAUGGAAGCAUUUUACGUGAGAGUUGUUGGGUACUUAAAUAAGGGUGGAAAUGAAACGAGUAGAGUGGAUAAAAGGGAAAAUUAUUCGAGCAGAAGGGAUGGAAAUACCAAGGGCCAAGAGUCAUUCGUCGUCGAUAAGAAGACGUCAGAAUAUGGCUACUCGGGUGUUACGGGACCAUUUAGUAUUAACCCCAUCGCCGCCAAAUUUCCAAGGACAUUGUAUCCCACUUGUACUACCUCGUCCAUCGAUAGCGUUCCAACAGCACACAACGUCGAAGGGGAUGAAGAAAGUGGAGUGGGCGCGAUGGCAAAGAAUUUUACAGGCUACCUGGAAUAUGAAGGUGAAGAUGAGAUGAGUGGUGUUGGUGGAGUGAGCGUUAAUGAGGAAGUUCGAAUGGGAUGGUGGAUAGGGUGGAUGGUGGUGAUGUGGAUGAACAGGAGUUAA